CCGCAGUAACGGUCGUAAAGCGUCACUUACUAAGACAGUGUCGCACAGGGAGGUUACACCGCACUCCGCCACUCUCCACCGCUCAGCGGUUUAACCUCUUCUCAGGAGUGUCACCUAAGUGCCAACAUGCCGCGUGGAAGACCAAAGGGAUCAGGGUCUACCCCUGACAAGCCCCGUGGUCGCAUGACUGCGUAUGCCUUCUUCGUGCAGACCUGCCGCACAGAACACAAGAAGCUCCAUCCUGACGAGAAUGUUCAGUUUGCUGAGUUCUCUCGCCAGUGCUCAGAGCGCUGGAAGACCAUGUCGGAGAAGGAGAAGAAAAAGUUUCACGAUUUGGCUGACGUGGACAAGGCUCGUUACGACUUGGAGAUGAAGGACUUCGUACCGCCUCCCGGAAGCCGUCGUGGACGGCGUGGACGUGGAACCAGACAACCUAAAGACCCUAAUAAGCCUAAACGAGCUCUCUCCGCCUUCUUCUACUACGCCAAUGAUGAACGAGCCAAGGUACGAGCUGCUAACCCCGACUUUUCUGUGGGGGAGGUGGCCAAGGAGCUGGGGCGCCAGUGGAACGAGCUGUUCGAGGGUGAUAAACUCAAGUACGAGAAGCAGGCCGAGGAGGACCGCGCUCGCUACGACCGUGAGAUGACCGUCUACAAGGCCGGUGGCCCCUUGCCUUCUAAGAAACUAAAGGCUACGAAUGGCCACCCAGUGGACGUGAAGCACGAGGACAAUGAUGACGACGACGAUGAUAACGACAUAGGACCUGACGACGACGACGAUGAUAUCUCAGAUGACGAUGAGUGAUCGCCUUAGUGGAUAUGCGCGUCUACACGACCAAAAAGACAGUGUUAUGUGAUGUACAAACUUAUUUUUAUAUUCCUAAGCCUGUACAUUUUAGAAAGUUAGUGUAAGCUAUUUAUCCCAUAACCCCGGGGACUCCUCAAGGAUUGAUUUUACGACCAGUGUUACACUCGUAUGUACUUAGGACCUCAUUUUUUGACAUUAGUUUUUAUAUUUUCUACCAAUAAAUAAGAAAAGGUUA